AUGUCGUCGACCCAGAUUCCUGCGAAUCCCACCUCCCAAACAGUAGCUGGCCUGCUGCACAAGCUUCAUGAUGCCGAUCCAGAUUUUCGAUACAUGUCUUUGGAUGAUCUUUCGAAAGUACUCGAAAACGGGAAACCAGAUUUUCUGCACCAUGACUACAAUACUGCGGCUAGAACGGUUGACGGUGUGUUGAAGACAUUAGAUGACCAAAAUGGCGAAGUACAGAAUCUAGCCAUCAAAUGUCUGGGUCCUCUUGUCAAGAAGCUGCCCACCAACAUCUUAGCUCCUCUCAUCGAAAAGCUGUCGAUGCUGAACCUCGAGAACUCCGUCGACAACUCGAUCCCUGCGAUGGCUCUGCGAACUGUUGUCGUUACACUUCCAAGACCAAUCACCGGUGUGGCUGCAUCCAAAGAAGUCAGCGAGUCAUACUCUGCCGUUAGCAGAGUCCUGGUUCCUCGAUUAGUUGGUCGUGUUGUACUUCAGAAUCCUUCGUCAAAGGCAGUAAAGCUCCCACCGCCACCACCUGGUAUGCUAGACAUCGAGUCCGAAAAAGAGCUAGGAGCGGAAUCUGUGGACGUUCUGAUAGAAGUUGUCAGAUGCUUUGGGCCUAUGUUACAACAGCCGGAAGUUGAAGCCCUUCAGGGGCUGUUGCUAAAUAUUUUGGAGUCAGAACGAGCUAGCCCAGCGGUCAAGAAGCGAGCUGUUGUUGCAGUUUCUAUUCUUGCUAUAUAUCUGACAGACGAUGACCUCAGCGGAUUUGUUUCUCACCUCAUUGAAGCGCUCCGGAACCCACAUCUUACGCCAAUUCAUAGACGUUUAUACAUCACAAUAUUAGGCUCUAUGGCCCGAUCAAUCCCAGCUAGAUUUGGACCAUAUCUACGGCAACUAGCACCUUUUGUUCUUUCUGCUCUAAGCCAACAGGAGCUAGAUGAUCACCUGGAAAGUACCGCUGAAGACGGUGAACCGGACCCUGAAUUUGACGACGUCAGAGAGUCAGCACUGGUCGCUCUGGACGGCUUCCUUUCCUCCUGUGGAAGCGAGAUGCGCAUCUACACCGAUGAAAUCAUCUCUAGUGUACUCCGUUUCUUAAAGUUUGACCCCAACUACAAUGACGAUGAUGAUGAAGAAAUGGGAGGCACUCAAGAAGACGAAGAUGAUAUGGAUGGAUUUGAUGACGAUGAUGAUUUCGAAGCUGAUGCCGGCUUUGACGACGACGAUGAUGAUACUAGCUGGAAGGUUCGCCGAUGUGCAGCGAAGACUCUUUACACUCUCAUAUCGACUCGGGGCAGCGGCGAUUUGUUGGAGGAUGGCACUCUUUACUCAAAAGUUGCUCCAAUUUUGGUACAACGAUUCAACGAGCGAGAGGAGAAUGUUCGCCUCGAGGUUAUUGCAACAAUGUCUUCAUUGGUUCGUAAAACUGGUGAAGGAGUGCUGGUAAAUUCUUCCGGCGACGACGCUGAUUAUGUCAACCAUGCUCCGCAAAGUCGCAAGCGAAGAAGAGAAAGCAGCAUUACAGCUAGUUUCGACACGAAAGCUCUGCUGUCAAAGUCUGCAGGCUUAACCUCACCCACAAUCGAGCCCGUACCCGCAUCUGGUCCACGGGCUGACCUUGCAGCAAUGAUUCCCGCUGUGGUCAAAGCUAGUACGAAGUUGAUGAAAGGAAACUCAAUUCCGACUAAGCAGGCGCUCAUCAACUUCCUUGACGAUGUUGUGUCUGUCCAAAAUGGGGGCCUGGCAGAGUAUUUCGGCCAAAUUGUUGACCCAAUCGUAGACUCUAUUAGACCAGCCUCUGGUUUUCAGGGGGCUUCGACUUCCAUCACGAGCGGCGGAGCUGCCUCGGCUACAGCGAACACAUUGCGAAUUGCGUCUUUACAUCUGAUCGGAGACAUUGCUCAGACACACUCCUCAAGCGUGUUGAAACCAUUUUUGGCCAAGAUUGUCCCUGGCGUUGUGUCUGCUGUCAAUGAUAAAUACUACAAGAUAUCCAGUGAGGCUAUCGUCACUGUGGAGCAAUUGAUCAAAGCUUUGACACCUCCAAGAUCUAGAUCAGUUAAUCAAGAUCAUAAAUCUGACGUCCAGCAGCUCUAUAAAGUUAUCAUCGGGCGUGUUGCCGCUAAUGAUGCGGAUUUGGAGGUAAGACAGCGAGCAAUCAGUGCUCUUGGGAUUCUGUUAGCUCGCAGUGCAUCGGUCGAGGGAUCUUCGCUCUUGCCAGUUUCCGACCGCAAAGCAGCUAUGGAUAUCCUUAGUGAGCGGUUGAAAAACGAGACGACUAGAAUAGCUGCUGUCCAUGCCAUUGACACAAUUGCGGCGUUGACCAUGGCUAAGGACACGCUCGAACCAUCUUGGAUUCGAGAGGUAUCCCUCGAAUUGUCUGCUCAGCUGCGAAAGGCCAAUAGAGCUUUGAGAGGCGCGAGCCUGGGUGCUCUCAAAAAUCUUGUCGUAUCUCCUUCGGCCAGAAACGCACUUGACGAAUCGACUGUUCAAGGCUUGACAAGUGCCCUCCUUCCGCUACUUACCGCAACUGAUUUACAUCUUCUCGGUCCUGCUUUGUUGGUGCUUGCAGCACUUGUCGGCGAUAAUCCUAAGCUUGUCGUUACAGAUGAAUUAAACGCGGCUCUGUGUACUCUGUUAACUGCUUCGCUUGGUGGGGCUGUGCUAGAUGCCGUCCUGUUACUCGUCUCCAAGAUUGGAGAGCAGCAGGUUGGCCAGAAACUUAUGCUUGGACUUCUAAAUACGGUCAGCAUCAAUGGAGACCCAGCUGUUGUCGGAAAAGUGAUUGGCACUCUACUUGUUUAUGGAGGUACAUCCGUUGGUGUAAAGAUUGACAACUUCCUUGAUGAAGUGGUCAAUCCCACCUCAGAUGACGCUAAGCGAAGCCUUGCUUUGGCGGUCCUUGGUGAGGCUGGACUCCGUUUAGGCGGAAAAUCACCACUGAAGCCUUCUACGUUCACGGCUCAAUUCAAUUCGCAGUCCGAGAAGGUCCCACUUGCUGCUGCAACUGCGUUGGGUCGUGCUGGUGCUGGUAACAUACCAGUAUAUUUGCCGGCAAUUCUCUCUGGUAUGGAAAAGGGCGGAAAUGCCCAGUAUCUACUACUUCAUUCUAUCAAAGAGAUAUUGCAGCACGCAAGCAACAGCUCUGCCGAUAUUAGCAACUACACAAAGUCAAUCUGGGAUCGAUUACUCAGUGCCUCUCAAGCCGAGGAUAACAAGGCUGUUGGGGCUGAAUGCAUCGGUCGACUCUCGGUCAUUGACCCAAAGACUUAUAUGCCACAACUACAGAACUAUCUGAGAGACCCAACACCUUCCGUCCGGGCAAUGAUCAUUCAGGCUAUCCGGUAUACACUUCAAGAUAGCGACGAGGCAUUUGAUGCUGUUCUUAGGGCGUCUUUGAUUGAGAUGUUGAAAUUGAUGCUAGCAGAUACUGAGCUUGAAAAUCGCCGUCUCGCUUUGACGACAUUGAAUUCGGCUGUGCAUAAUAAGCCGGACCUCAUCAUUCCAAAUCUAGGCAUCUUGUUACCUUUGGUCAUGAACGAAUCCACAAUUAAGCCGGAACUCAUCCGAGAAGUACCAAUGGGUCCUUUCAAGCAUAAGGUCGAUGACGGUUUGGAGGUUCGAAAAAGCGCUUAUGAGACUUUGUACUCCCUAAUGGAAAUAGCCUUCCGAAAAAUCAACACCUUGGAUCUUUUCGACCGCGUCAUCGCUGGUCUCAAAGAUGAGCACGACAUUCGUGCACUUUGCAACCUCAUGAUUACCAAACUUGUAGUGCUAGAUCCAGAUGAGACUACUCGCCGCCUUGAUUCAAUUGCAGAGUGCUUCCGCAAGAUCUUGUCGAUCAAACUGAAUGACAACACUGUGAAGCAAGAAGUAGAGAAGCAAGAGGAAGCGAGUAAGAGUGUUCUUCGGGUAUCUUUAAUUUUACACAACGCAAUUCCCGGCGCAAGUACCGCUAUGGGAACACAGGCUAGUCAACACCAAAUCUGGCGAACUUAUUGGGAAUGGAUAGAGAAAGACUUUGAGCCUAUUUUACGGGCGUUGAGAGACGAGAACAAGGAGAUGUCGGCCUAA